ACGGCAUGGCAAACGUUGCAGACCCAGACGCCCCCAAACCUGGUUCUCUUUCCUCUUCCGCUCUCUCUCUCUAACUAUGCCCAGAAUAAGAACCAUGGCAAAUGAUACUCGAUCUAGUCGCAAUGCUUCUAAAAAAGGGGUCUCUAAUAGCAAAGCUUCUAAAAAAGGGGUCUCUAAUAGCAAAGCUUCGUCUACUUCAGGAUCUUCGACAAUGGAUACAUCUGGUUUGAGAAGGUCGGCUAGGGAAGCAUCAUCAUCAAGAAAACAAACGAUGAUGAUGCCAAGUCCUUCAAAGGAGAGUGUUGAGAAGAGGACACCAGUGAAGAAGAAGAAUAAAUCUGAGAGAUUUGAAAAGAAGAGCUCGCCAUCGCCGAUUUCUUUGAGGAGGUCGGAAAGGGGUAAGAAAAAACCCUCACCGAGUUCUUCUUCUGGUUCAAAGGAGCAGGAGUCUGAGAAAGAGUCAAGUGGUAGUCCAUCAGAUACGGAACAUAAUAAGAACUUAAGUAGAAAGAAGAGCAGGGAAGUUAGCAGAAACCAGAAACAACAACAACAUCAGAAAAAACCUGCUGUUGGUAUGAAGAGAAAGAGGAUGGAUGCCCGUUCUUAUAAGGCUACAUUUAAGCCCCAACAAAGAAGGGGGGCUUUACAAGAAGAAACUGACGAGGAGAUGGAGAGGCUGGAGAAUUUGUCUCAAGUUGAUAGCAACAUUGGUGCAGGUAGUGGUUCCAAGCAAGUGGACGAGGAUGGUGAGGGUAAUGUAUCCAGAGAAAGGAGAGAAGAAAGUGUUGAGAGAAGUUGUGAAGCUGUUGAAAGAUCCGAUUCUAGUUUAAGAAAUGGUGAAACGGAAACAUUAGGAAAUCCCGAUGAAGUGGGAUUGUCAUACCCAGAGCAUGGUUGUGCAGAGGAACCACAUGAGCCUUCGGAUGGAGAUGGCUUAAAUGGCCCCAGUAGUGAUGGCAUAAUCGAAGAGACUCUUGAUGAUGACACUGAUUUGGUAACUGGAGACAAAGUCAUAGCAUCUACAAGAAAGCGGCAUACCGUGGACAUGGAUUCUAAUGCUUUUUCAAUGACCACAAACAAAGACAUCUGCAUUUCUGUUGGAGAUGAUGUCUCUUCACCAUCAUCUGCCUGCAAAAGGAACAACUAUGUUGAAACUUGUGUUACUUGUUCUAAAAGGCGGAGGGUUGGAUAUGAUUCACCGCCACAGGAGCUCUGUUCUUGCAACUUGACAUUAAACAAUGAUCUAUGUGACACCUCCGUUACUAAGGAUAGAGGGGAACUUGAAUCCAGUAUCAUACCGGGACUUGCUGACAAAUGUGAUGGCAAUACGAAUCGGGAGUCUCCUCUGGAUUCUGAGAGUGACCAGAAUACGUGUGUAAUCUGCAGGCUUGGUGGAAAGCUCCUGUGCUGUGAUGGAAAAGGUUGCAAGAGAACAUACCAUAUCUCUUGUUUAGAUCCUCCAUUGAAUGAUGUUCCACUGGGAGUUUGGCACUGUAAGUGGUGUGUGAAAAAAAAGAUUGAGUAUGGUGUCCACUCAGUUUCGGAAGGAAUAGAGUCAAUUUGGGACACUAGAGAAGUGGAGGUGCCAGAUGUUGAAGGAUUGCCAAGGCAGAAGCAGUAUUUUGUUAAAUAUAAAGGUCUUGCUCAUUUUCACAACCGCUGGGUACCAGAAACUCUAGUGCAUCUUGAAGCACCGUUGCUUGUUGAAAAAUUUAAUCGGAAGAAUCAGGUCACAAGGUGGAAAGAGUGGACUAUGCCACAUCGUUUGCUAAAGAAAAGAUUAUUAGUGUUUCCUGUGCAUCACAAUGGGAAUUGCAGUGGGCAUGCUGGCGAUAAUUCAGAUCCCCAUUAUGAGUGGCUUGUUAAAUGGUGUGGCCUUGAUUAUGAGGAUGCUACUUGGGAGUUAGAGAAUGCUUCGUUUCUGUUUUCACCUCACACCCAGAGGCUCAUAAGGGAGUAUGAACAUCGUUGCGAGAAGGCCAAGAGAGCUGCUCUUUUGUCUCGAGUUAAUGAGAGUAAGAAAGAAACCUCAAUCAAACUUCCGAAGCUUCCAGCUGGAGUUUCUCCUGGAAUUGAUAACAGUCAUUUAAAUUCUGUUAAGAAGCUACUUGAGUAUUGGCAGAAGGGUCAGCAUGCUGUUGUUGUUGACGGCCAGGAGCGAGUAAUGACGCUGAUCAUAUUUAUUCUGUCUUUGUUGCCUGAAGUUUGUCUGCCUUUCCUCAUCAUUUCACCUUCUAGUGUUCUUUCCCAGUGGGUAGCUGGGUUCUUGCGUUUGGCGCCAUCCAUUGAUGUCGUAAUUUACAGUGGAGAUAAAGAUAGGCGAAGACGUAUCAGGACACUUGAGUUUUAUGAGGAAGGAGGGUCCAUAAUGUCUGAAGUACUUUUAUCCCCUCCAGAAGCUGUUGUUGAGGAUUUAGAUAUGUUGGAAUGCAUAAGAUGGGAGGCAAUCAUAGUCGAUGAGUGUCAAAGCUCUAGAAUCUCAACCCAUUUUGAAAAAAUUAAGAUGCUAACCACUGAUGUUAGAUUUCUCCUUCUCAAUGGUCAAAUAAGGGAUACCAUAGCUGAGCACCUUAAUCUGUUGUCACUACUUGAUUCUCUUGGUGACUUGGAUUCCUGUGAUGGAUCGGAAACCAACUCCAAUGAUAAUCUUGCUAAAUUGAAGCAGAAGUUGUCAGAUUUUGUUGCGUACCGCUGCAAGUCAGACUCUUCUAGAUUUGUAGAGUAUUGGCUUCCUGUUCGGAUAUCCAAUGUGCAACUUGAGCAGUACUGUGCUACUCUACUUUCAAACUCUUUCUCUCUUCGUUCAAAGAAUGCCUCUGUAGGGGCUUUGCGUGAUAUUCUUAUCUCAAUGCAUAAGUGCUGUGAUCACCCCUACACCGUGGACCCUUCACUGCAAGGCACGAUAACUAAAGGUCUACCUGAGGUCGAGUAUUUGGAUGUGGGCAUUAAAGCAAGUGGCAAAUUGGAACUUCUUGACGCAAUACUCUCUGAAAUAAAAAAUCUGCAAUUGAGAGUGGUGAUCCUUUUUCAGUCGAUCGGUGGUUCUAGAAGGGAUUCAAUUGGAGAUAUAUUGGAUGACUUUCUGCGUCAAAGAUUCGGGCCAGAUUCUUAUGAACGUAUUGAAAAGGAUAUUCUCCAGUCUAGGAAGCAAGCUGCUCUGAACAAGUUCAAUGACAAGGAUAGUGGGAGGUUUGUGUUUUUAUUAGAAAACCGUGCUUGCCAUGGAAGCAUCAAACUGUCGUCAGUGGAUACUAUAGUCAUAUUCGAUAGUGACUGGAACCCAGCGAAUGAUUUAAGAGCACUACACAAAAUAUCAAUUGAUUCACAGUUUGAACAGAUAAAAAUCUUCCGUUUAUAUUCAUCUUGUACUGUGGAAGAAAAACUUUUGAUCUUUCCGAAGCCUGAGACUCUAGAUAACAAUUUGCACAGCAUAAGCCGGAUUACUAGUCACACACUGCUUAUGUGGGGUGCCUCAUAUUUAUUCAAUAAAUUGGAUGAGUUUCAUGGUGGUAGUACCACAGCCUCUGGGACAAAUGUCUUGUCUGAGCAAUCAGUUUUACAAGAUGUAGUCAAGGAGUUCUUGGCUUUGCUUUCUUGGAAUGCUGAAAAAAAUGAUAUAAGCAAUUCUAUCAUUUCAAAAGUCCAACAGAGUGGGGGAGGUUACAGUAGGAGUAUUUCAUUGCUUGGUGAGGUAAAAAAUAACUUAGCAGAUGGAGAAGAACCUCAUGUUUUUUGGACAAAGCUGUUGGAGGGAAGGAAUCCUCGGUGGAAAUAUUUAUCUGGACCACUACAGAGAAACAGGAAAAGAGUGCAAUACUUUGUUGAAUCACCAGGAAAGCGAGGGGUUGAAACUGGAGAAGUUGGAAAGAAGCGCAAGAAGGUGGGGAAUGAUAUUGUUGAUCUAGCCUCCUCUGUAAAGCCUGGAUUGGACAAAGUUGAAGUUGCAACAUACAAGGAUGGGGCUUCUGGAAAUCCAGCCGUAUCUCAAUCUUCGCCUAGCUCAACUGCUCAUGUAACUGGAACAAUUUAUACAAAUUAUGCUUCCUCUUCACCUUUUUCCUCUAGUAAUAUCUCCUUGUCACCGGAACUUAACAUAGUUGAGUUAGAGGAAAGAAGAACAGAGCGUGAUGCGCAGAAGAGUCUUCAUCUUCUCCUGAAACCAGACAUUUCAAGGCUCUGUGAAAUUCUACAACUCCCGGAGGAUGUCAAGGUUAUGGUCAGAAGGUUUCUUGAAUACGUUAUUGAUAAUCAUCAUGUCAAUAGGGAACCAGCAACCAUAUUACAGGCUUUCCAAAUCUCUCUGUGUUGGAUCGGAGCUUCCUUGCUAAAAUACAAAAUUGAUAGGAAGCAAUCGCUUGCGCUAGCACAGCAUCAUUUGAAUUUUGGCUGCAAAGAAGAGGAGGCAAAAAACGUUUACUCAAAGUUGCGGUUGUUAAAGAAAAUGUUCUUACAUCAUUCUGAGAACCUUAAGGAUUCGGAUUCAGAAGCUGAAGAUAUCACAAAGGAGCCGCUGAAUGCACAGGUAUCACAAUCGGUGGCAUCUUUUAUUCAAGAUGUAAAAUUGGAAGUUGGAGAUGGAUCACAAAUCCAGGAGGUUGUUGAUGAACAGGUCUUUCCACAGCAGGAGCAGGCGCCAAUACAUAAAGUGGCAGAGAAAGAGAUCUCAAGAAGUUUGAAACGAGUACAGAAAAAAUGUGACAAACGGAUGGCAAAGCUCCUGCAAAAGCAUGACGAGGAACUUCAAGAGUUCAAUAGAGAAUGGGAGGAAAGGAGGGUACAGCUGGAGGAGCGGCACAGGUUGGAGUAUGCUCUUGUUCGCUCUAUACACACAAAUCAUUCAGUGAGAAUCAGUAAACUUAAGACAUUGGAUAAUGAGUUUGCAAAGAAGCUGGAAGAACACAAAAGCCAGAAGGACAUACGCCUGAAAGAUCUCAAGUCAAAUCAGUUGGCCGAAAUGAAUGAAGAGAGUCAGAAAGCAGCUCAUUGGUUAGACGAAGUUAAGUCCUUGGCGCAGGUUGAAUUAUUAGCAGGUACUUCCUCUGAGAGAGCAUCAAUUUCUGGAUUUGAGCAGCCUAAUUUAGGAGCCAGUUCCAGUGAUGGUCAUGAGAACAUUGUCUUUCCGAAGGUGUCUUCUUCUGGAGGACAGAUCCCUGUAUCAAGCAUCCAAGAUCAAGUGCUUUCAUCAAAAAUGCCUGCAAUUGCUCAUAAUGAAGUAACGGGGGCUGCUGACUCCACAGAAAUGACAACUUCUGCUGUAGAACCUAGCAUAGAGAAUGAUAGAAGAGAGGAAUCUGACAUUAUUACAAAUGCUAUCAGAAACCAGAAUGGCACAGCUGGUAGCUUCAUCAAUGGUGACUCACUUUCUGUGGAGCUGCCUUUAGAAUCAAAUAUAGAGAAUAAUAGAACAGGUAAAUCAGAUGUCAUACAAAAUGCUACAGGGACCCAGAAUAAUGCAGGUGGUAUCAUCACUUCUGACUCAGUUUCUGUUGAACUAUCUUUGGUAAAAUCAGCCCCAGUGCGGCCAGUUGUUACUCCGUUUCAAGGUGUCCAGUUACCACAUGCUCUGGCAAUCCAGGACAAAGGUUCUCAAUUACCAACAUUUGCUGAAAUGCAAGAUGGAGAUGGACCUGGUAGUGGAAAUAAGAAUGUUUUGCAUCAAGCUGAGGUUUCAUCUUUGCAUUCAGUUGAUAUUGGACCGACUGUUCAAAUUAAUCAUGAAGCACCAAUAAUUGAGCCUGUUGAGCAACAGCUGUCAUCACCAUCUAGCAAUUUAUCACUUGGUCACACUGAUUUACCUCCGUUUCAUGGUGUUGAACAUCAGCCUCAUACUGAAGGGCACACUGCUGAGGCUCCACAACUGGUUGAGCUUUCAAAUCAAGCUGUUCUUUACACUGGUACCAAUCUAGCAUUGCAUCCUCCGGUGGAUGCUACAAAUUUACCUCCUCGCUUUGUUCAGCCUGAUUUAAGUUCAACUAGUAGAGUUGAUUAUCAACCAAUCAGUGAAGGAUGUAACUCAUUCCAAAGUACUGGAACUCCACUCCAAAUGGUUGAGCAUACAACGGAGCUUCCAAGUCCAGCUUUUCAGCAAUCUGGCUCAAGUUUGGGACCACAUCUCCCAAUUGAUACUUCUGCUGGUGCCUUUUGGGCAAAUCUGCCAAUUCAUAUUGCACCACAAGUGCCUUCCCGGAUUUCUACAUUACCUUUAUAUGUAGAUCCACUUCAAAAUGAAUUUGAAUGGUUACAAAAAGAAAUGGAGAACACUAUGAAGGUCCAUGAAGAUACGAAGUCGCGGCUGAGAUCUGACUGUGAAAAGGAGAUAGAGGCAAUUGUUGCUCAAAUCCACAUGAAAUAUGAUACUAAACUUCAAGAUGCCGAGGCUGCAUAUCUUUUGAAAAGGAAGGAACUUGAUUCAAAUCGCAACAAAGUUUUCAUGCAUAAGAUAUUGGCCGAGGCUUUCAGGUCCAAGUGCCUAGAUCUCAGGCCUUCUGGUACCCUGGGAAUGCAGCAAGCCGUUCCUUCCAGUUCUAUGAACCAGCUGCAUCACCAACCAUCACAGUUUAUGUCGAGACCUUCCAUUGUCACUGGUUCAUCUUCAGUUUGCCCACCUACAACCACCCUGCAGAGUACAGCGCCAUCUCCACGUAUUCGCCAUCCUUCAGCACCUCUCUCAAGCAUUCCAACUGGUUCAUCUUCAGUUUGCCCACCUACAACCACCCAGCAGAGUACAGUGCCAUCUCCACGCAUUCCCCAUCCUUCGGCACCUCUCUCAAGCAUUCCAACUGGUUCAUCUUCAGUUUGCCCACCUACAACCACCCAGCAGAGUACAGCGCCAUCUCCACGUUUUCACAAUCCUUCGGCAACUCUCUCUAGCAUUCCAAAUGGUUCAUCUUCAGUUUGCCCACCUACAACCACCCAGCAGAGUACAGCGCCAUCUCCACAUAUUCUCCAUCCAUCGGCACCUCUCUCAAGCAUUCCAAAUGGUUCAUCUUCAGUUUGCCCACCUACAACUACCCAGCAGAGUGCAGCACCACUUCCACAUUUUCACCAUCUAUCGGCACCUCUCUCAAGUAUUCCAACGAGACCCCUAAUUAUCAGCCCCAUCACCCCUCCCACAGGAAAUCGCCAAGUUGUCAGUGAAAUUCGUGCCCCAGCUCCUCACCUUCAACCGUUCAGACAUUUGACAUCCGCAUCUGCAACCAAUAUUCCAUCCCUUCCUCGAGGAAUACUAAGUAAUCAUGUACCAAAUAAUCUGUCCACGUCUUCUACUGCUGGUCCCCAACCACCUCCGCCACCGCUGCCACUACCGACAUAUCAUUCUGCCCCUAAUAAUAGACCUCCCCACCCUGAAACUGCAGGAAUGGAACCAGCUGUUGCCCCUAACAAUAGACCUCCCCAACCUGAAAUUGCGGGAAUGGUGCCAGCUCUUUAUAACUCAUCAAUGUCUGCACAGGGGUUGCUUGUGGACGUUGAUAACCAAGCUGGUGCACAUCCACCAAACAUUCUGCCGUCAUUGCCAUCUUUGGGUACUAACUUUGAUACUUUGGAUCUGUCAGAAUUUGAAACUCCAGGUAGAGUCGGGGUUAAUACAGAAAAUGUAGUUUGUUUAUCGGAUGAUGACUGACCCGUUAAAAAUUGUUAGCUCUAACAUCAUGCCACUUUUUGAGGGGCCUCAGAAACUGGGAUUUUGGGGGAGAAGUUCUAAAAUGGCUAACUGGUUGCUGAUGUACAAAUUUAUCGUUGAAACGUUGAGCUUAUCCUGAGAAAUUUGUCGCUGUAUAUGAUGGCAAUUGCCUAUUUGUUCUAA